CGUCUUUUCUUUUUCUCUUUCGCGUCACCCUUAUCCACCAAGAUACCCUAAUUUAACUCGCCAAUAAUGUCCUCUCCAACCCGCACCCUCGAACGCACCGUGUCCGCAUUGUCGAUCCAAUCAUCCAGCUCAGAGCAAGACCUCGACUGGGACCGUUCUAUGACUUCAGAAACCUCAGACGACUCGCGGAUACCCUCUGCCACGACACCCAGAAACUCAGUCAUAUUCCCUGCAGAAGGAGAUACACCGGGUCGGAGCACCAGCCUAGAUCCACCUGCGGCACAAGGGGGACCUUCCGGCGGGAGGAGCGAGAGGACGUUGAGCGAGUUGCUCAAACUACACGCGGAGAAGGGAACAAGAUGCGAAUUUACCCAGGAGGAGGCGAACAGGGUGGGCGAUGUUCUCGGGCAAUGGAUCAACUCGUCUUCAAGUCCUUAUGAAGGCGAUGAUGAUUUCUUUGUCCGCGGAAAGGACGACCUUUUCAUCCCGUCCAAACGUGCGGAAGCCCUUGUCGAGGGCCGCCAACGCGGGAUGAGCGAAAGCGGUGGACUAGUAUCAUCACGCCCACCCUCCUCGGCCGACUUCUUCAACCCACAGCAAUCAUGACCGGUCAUGAUGCAUUCAUGGCCAUCGUCCCUUUAAUUUUCGCGCUUUGCACGCCCUUCACGACUUGCACGAUGUACAUACUUUUGGCUUUUUGUUCUUCUUCGCUUCCCACUUUCGGUUUCGCUUUGGCUCACGCUUUGUUGGUUUAAUCCCUGUCACCCUUUAUUUAUUCACCUCAUCAUGCGUCUUGUUGAAUCCCCUCGCAUCCGUUACGACCUUUUACGACCUUUCACGACCCUGUUACGACCGUAGUUACACGCACCCGCACGCAUUUCACGCAUCCUCACGCACCCCAAAAGCAAAUCCAAGGCAAUCUGCCGGUUACUUGCUACCCUUC